AUGGUUGAAGACUCUAAUUAUAUCAGGCGAGCCCAAGAAGCAUUCAAUCAGGCAGAAAAGAAAUGCAAACCAGGUGUUUUCGGGAGAAUGUUUUCAAAUCGUGAUGCCCGACAUGAAGAAGCAGCUGAGCUUUAUAAGCAAGCCGCUAAUUACUACCGUCUCGGCAAAGACUGUAUUUUCUAUAUAGACAUUUCUUCAGCCCGUUCAUUUUGUAAGUGUGCUGAAUGUGUCCCAGACGAAGCUGCAAAUUAUUAUUCAGAAGCAGGAAACGUCGUAAGAAAAGUGAAUUCAGCUGAUGCGGUAAGCCAUUACAACCGUGCUGUUGAAAUUUUGGUUAAUAGCAGCCGAAUUGGACAAGCUGCAAGGCUGAGAAAACAAAUAGCAGAGAUAUAUGAAACUGAUGAAAUGCUUGGCCUUGCUUGUGAAAAUUAUUCGCAAGCUGCUGAACUGUUCGAAUUAGAUAAUAGUGAUGGAACUGCAAACUCUUGCCACUUAAAGGCAGCUGAAUUAAGCACAUUGGAUUCUUUGGAUGGAGAAACAAUAUUGAAAGCUAUCAAAGUAUUUUCUAUAUAGACUUUUGAACUAGUUGGGCAGCGAUAUUUGAUGAAUAAUCUGACAAGGUUUUCAGCCAAAGAUUGCUAUUUUAAAGCUGCAUUGCUUUUCUUAGCUAAUGACGACACAGUUGGAGCUGAGAAUAACUUGAAUAUGUAUUCGAAUAGAGACCCUAGCUUUGAGACUUCGAGGGAAUGCAGAUUUGUGAGAGAUUUGCUUGCAGCUAUUAGAACUGGUGACCAAGGGGCGUUUGAAGGAGUUACAGCGCAAUUUAAUAAGAUUACACCUUUAGAUAGAUGGAAAACCCAUGUGCUGCUAAAGGCUAAGUCUACUUUGUUGAGAGCAGAAGAAAAUGAAUUCAUCUAA